GUUCUUAACGUUUCACUCCCCUUAGCAACCCGCUUUGUAGAUCACUUUCAUGCUAAAACUACAACGAAAAAGGGACUGUAAGUUGUGAAACCAAAGUGACUGGGAUUUCGUCAUUUACCACGCGAUCAAAAAGCUAAUAACCGGCUACCAGAUGGCUUAAUAAAUUAAAAGGAAGAGUACUUGCUCUCACUUAAAUGAGACACGUUGUAGCUUUAUUAUAUAAGUGUAGUGUAUUUAGUAAACAAAUUCCUAUCCUCUGCAAUCAAGUCAGAUUAUCUCAUAUUGAGUGGGGUAGCAAUAAACUUCACAGGAAGAUUAAAAUACCAAAUCCACUAAGGGAAAUUAUCAUGGCUGAUCCUAAAAUUGAAGAAAUCUUGGCGCCCCUGCGCGCCAGCGUCAAGGAACAGGGCGACUUGGUGAGGAAACUCAAACAAGAAAAAGCUCCUGAAAUUGACAUAAAGAAAGCUGUUGCUGAACUUAAAGCAAGAAAGAAAGUUUUGGAGGACAAAGAACUGAGUCUCGCUCCCGCCGAAGAGCUAUUUGAUCGUGCUAAGAUGGAGGAUCUUAUCAAAAGAAGGUUCUUCUAUGACCAGUCCUUUGCUAUCUACGGUGGUAUCACUGGCCAAUUUGAUUUUGGUCCCAUGGGAUGCGCCCUAAAAAGCAAUAUGAUCCAACUUUGGAGAAAAUAUUUUAUUCUGCAGGAACAGAUGUUGGAGGUGGACUGCUCAAUUCUGACACCAGAACCAGUACUUAAAGCUUCUGGACAUGUGGAACGGUUUGCAGACCUUAUGACUAAAGAUGUCAAGUCUGGGGAGUGUUUCCGCUUGGACCACUUGAUUAAGGCUCAUCUUGAAAAAGUAAAAAGUGAGAAAAAUUCAACUGCUGAGCUUAAAGCUGAGAUUGAAGAUAUUCUUGUUAAGCUUGAUGGUAUGACAGCUGACCAAAUGGCAGCUUUGAUGCAGAGGUUCCAAAUGAAGUCACCUAUUAGCGGCAAUGAUUUGACUCCACCAAUUGAGUUUAAUCUUAUGUUCAACACUCAGAUUGGCCCCAGUGGUUUAGUUAAAGGUUUCUUAAGACCUGAAACUGCUCAAGGCAUAUUUGUCAACUUUAAACGACUUUUAGAAUUUAACCAGGGCCGUUUACCAUUUGCUGCUGCCCAAAUUGGAAAUUCUUUCAGAAAUGAAAUAUCUCCUCGUUCUGGUUUGCUCAGGGUUAGGGAAUUCACUAUGUGCGAAAUUGAACACUUCUGUGACUCUAAAGACCACCCUAAGUUUGAAUCUGUAAAGGACACUCAGAUGCUGUUCUAUUCUGCUGAUAAUCAGGAACAGGGAAGACCUGCAGAGAUCAUGACCAUUGGUGAUGCUGUUGCUAAAGGUAUUGUGAAUAAUGAGACUCUGGGCUAUUUCAUGGCAAGAAUCCAUUUGUACAUGUUGGCGGUCGGCAUUGACCCUAAAAAGCUGAGGUUCAGACAGCAUAUGGGUAAUGAGAUGGCUCACUAUGCUUGUGACUGCUGGGAUGCUGAGUGUCUCACCAGCUAUGGCUGGGUGGAAUGUGUAGGCUGUGCCGAUAGAUCUGCCUAUGAUUUGACCCAGCAUAGCAAAGCAACUGGCAUCAGGCUAGCCGCUGAAAAGAAACUACCAGCACCUAAACAAAUUGAAGUGGUUGAAGCUGUGCCUAACAAAGCAGCUAUUGGCAAAGAGUUUAAGAAAGAUGCUAAAAUCAUAAAUGACGGAUUAGCUGCUAUGGACUCUGCUGAGUUAGAAAAUUUGCAAGCCAAGUUAACUGGUGAUGGAGAAUACAUCUUAUCCACACCAAAUGGCGAAUUUAAACUAACGCCAACCCUUGUUAGUGUGAAGAAGACUCAAAAAACAGUCCAUGUUGAGGAAAUUAUUCCAAGUGUAAUUGAGCCUUCAUUUGGUGUUGGCAGGAUCCUUUAUUCAAUCCUAGAACAUAAUUUCAGAAUGAGAGAAGGUGACGAACAGAGGACCUAUUUCUCAUUACCAGCCACAGUAGCACCUAUGAAGUGUGCAGUAUUACCCCUCAGUGGCAACACUGAAUUCCAACCAUUUGUCAGAGAACUGUCCCAGGGUUUGAUUAACGCCGAUGUGUCGCACAAGGUCGACGACUCCUCUGGUUCAAUUGGUCGCCGAUACGCUAGAACUGAUGAACUGGGUGUGCCUUACGCUAUUACCGUCGAUUUCGACACCAUAAAAGAACCCCAUUCUGUUACAUUGAGAGAAAGAGAUAGUAUGGCACAAGUGAGACUCCCUUUGGAUGAUGUAGCUGCUGUUGUGAGAGAUUUGUCUAACAGCAAGAUCUCUUGGUCUGAUGUGGAGCAGAAGUAUCCUAAGUUUGAGCAGCAGGAAACUAAGGGUGCUGCAGCAUAGGCUGAUGCAAUAGAAGAAUCUAAAAUGUUCCAUUGAAAAUGUAUUUAUUAUUAGCUUAUAAGCUUGUCUGCUGUUCUCCAGUGAGAUUCAAUUUAAAUUUUUUUCAAGCAUUUUUAUUUUUGCAAUGGAAUAAACAAUUGAAAAUACUUUA